UGCCCAGCCCGCCCAGCCAUGGGGUAAAAGGAGCGAGCGAGCGAGCGGACGGAACAAUAAAAAGCUGCUGGCGCUACCGGUUCCUCCUGUCGCUCGCCCGCCGAAGGACUGCCUGGCCGCUGGCCGGCAAGUAGGGUGGCCAGCAACGGGCGGCGAUGCCGGGCGCUUACGGGCGCUGAGCGAGCGAGGCAGCGGCCGGGGGUGCAAAAGUGGAACAAGGCGGAGAAGAGCGAAGGGAAGGCGCGCGGCGGAUGCUUUGCGCGGCUGGGCGGCGGCGGCGGCGGCAGAAGAAGAGAGCCGGGGGGGAGAGGAGGGCGGCGGCGGCGGCGGAGCGAUGAUCGCGGAGUUGGUGAGCAGUGCCCUGGGGCUCGUCCUGUACCUCAACACGCUCGGCGCCGAUUUCUGCUACGAUGACAGCCGAGCUAUCAAGACAAACCAAGACCUACUUCCCGAAACACCGUGGACACAGAUAUUCUACAAUGACUUUUGGGGCACUCUCCUUACCCACAGCGGGAGCCAUAAAUCUUACCGGCCUCUCUGUACACUCUCCUUUCGCAUCAACCAUGCUGUUGGAGGAAUGAAUCCCUGGAGCUACCACCUUGUCAAUGUCUUCUUACAUGCUGCAGUCACAGGUCUUUUCACAAAUUUUUCACGAAUACUCUUUGGUGAUGGAUAUUGGACCUUACUUGCUGGCCUGCUGUUUGCUUCUCAUCCCAUUCAUACUGAAGCAGUGGCAGGAAUUGUGGGACGGGCUGACAUUGGAGCAUGCCUCUUCUUUCUGCUCUCCCUUCUGUGCUAUACUAAACACUGUUGCGCAAGAAACUACUCAGAAGGAACGUGGGGCUGGAUCUUGGGUACAGGACUAUGUGCCACAUGCAGCAUGUUGUGGAAGGAGCAAGGAGUGACUGUUCUAGCAGUAUCAGCAGUUUAUGAUAUCUUUGUAUUUCACAGGCUAAAAGUACACCAAAUCAUUCUGGCUAUCUAUAAGAGGAAGAACUUGCACCUCCUUUAUAGCAUUGGUUUAUUGAUCUUCUGGGGAGCUUUGCUGCUCGGUCUUCGCUUCUACUGGAUGGGGAACAAACCUCCCAGCUUUUCCAACUCUGACAAUCCUGCAGCUGACUCGGACAGUUUUCUAACCCGAACUCUGACCUUUUUUUACCUGCCAACCAAAAACCUUUGGCUAUUGCUGUGCCCAGACACUCUUAGCUUUGAUUGGUCCAUGGAUGCUGUGCCUCUUCUCAAAACAGUCAGUGACUGGAGGAACCUACAUACAGUGGCCUUCUAUACUGGACUCCUUCUCCUUGCUUAUGCUGGUUUGAAAAACUCCAGUAAAGAGAGAGAAUGCAAUGGUAAAAAUGUAACAAAUGGCAAACCAAAUGCCAAUGGACAUAACUGUUUAUCAGAAAUGGAAUAUAAAACCCUGGAUUUGAAGUCAAAUUUUGUAUCUAAAGAAGAAAACGGUGUUAACAAACCCUUGCUGCAGAGACCGCAACUUCCAUCCACUGAGAAUAUUGUAGUUCUGUCUCUUUCAUUAUUAAUUGUUCCCUUUAUUCCUGCCACAAACUUGUUUUUUUAUGUAGGCUUUGUGAUAGCAGAGCGUGUGUUGUAUAUACCUAGCAUGGGCUUCUGCCUGCUGAUCACUGUAGGCACCAGGACCCUCUAUAUCAAAGCCCAAAAGCGCUUUCUGAAGAACUUGAUUUUUUUUGCCACUGCUGCAUUAAUUUUUUUCUAUGGACUCAAGACAUUUGUCAGGAAUGGGGACUGGCAGAACGAAGAGAUGCUGUAUAAGUCAGGGAUUAAAGUAAAUCCAGCAAAAGCAUGGGGUAACCUUGGAAAUGUUCUGAAGAGCCAGAGCAAGAUUUCUGAAGCUGAGAAUGCUUAUAGAAAUGCCUUGUACUACCGCAGCAACAUGGCUGAUAUGCUUUAUAAUUUAGGAUUGCUGCUGCAGGAGAACAGCAGGUUUUCGGAAGCACUUCAUUACUAUAAAUUGGCUAUUGGAAGCAGACCUACUUUAGCAUCUGCUUAUUUAAAUACUGGUAUUAUCUUAAUGAACCAAGGGAAAGCUGAAGAAGCCAAGAAGACAUUCUUGAAGUGUUCAGAAAUUCCUGAUGAAAACUUAAAAGAUCCUCAUGCACACAAGAGUUCUGUUACCAGCUGUCUGUAUAAUUUGGGAAAACUCUACCAUGAACAGGGACAGUAUGUGGAUGCCCUCACAGUUUACAAAGAAGCAAUACUGAAAAUGCCAAGGCAGUUUGCACCACAGAGCUUGUAUAAUAUGAUGGGAGAAGCUUACAUGAGGCUCAGCAGAUUCUCUGAAGCAGAACAUUGGUAUGUAGAAUCGCUGCGCUCCAAAACAGAUCACAUCCCAGCUCACCUUACCUAUGGAAAACUUCUAGCUUUAACGGGUCGUAAAAGUGAGGCAGAAAAAUACUUCUUAAAGGCAAUUCAGCUUGAUCCUACCAAGGGAAACUGUUAUAUGCAUUAUGGCCAGUUUCUCCUAGAAGAAUCACGCCUGAUAGAAGCAGCAGAGAUGGCAAAGAAAGCAGCUGAGUUAGAUAACACGGAAUUUGAUGUUGUGUUCAAUGCUGCUCAUAUGCUCAGACAAGCUAGCCUCAAUGAAGCCGCUGAGAAGUAUUAUAAAAUGGCAGCUGAGUUGAGACCAAAUUAUCCAGCUGCCCUAAUGAAUCUGGGGGCAAUUCUUCAUCUCAAUGGCAAACUCCUAGAAGCUGAAGCAAACUAUCUCCGUGCCCUUCAGUUCAAACCAGAUGAUGUCAUCACACAGUCCAAUCUACGCAAACUCUGGAAUAUUAUGGAAAAACAAGGCUUAAAGACAUCCAGAACAUGACAUGGGUGGGAAAGCCCUUGAAUCUCUCUAUUUCUCUCUCUGUCUUUCUGUUUGGCAAAGGCUGAGAAACAUCAAAUCCAGAACAUCUCCCAGGGUGCUGGUUUGUUGAGUGCUCUUGCUGGACUGGAUGGUAAUUGUCCAAGCUUCUAAUUGCUGCUAGGAGAAACCUAUAGGGCUGCUUUUUUGUGGUGACAUUUUGACCGUGAGAGAGAGUUGACUGUCUUAGGAGCUUCAAGACUUGAGAGUUACAGCCACAAGCAUAAAAGCAAAAUAGAUUUGAACCUGGAGCACUUGAAAGGGGCCCUUUCAGCAUAUUCACCAGGUCAUCCUCUCAUUUUCAUGUAGUUUCCAGUAGAAAAUCAUGCUGGCCUAUAUAACAUCCACCCAGUCAACCCGGGACUUUAGAAAAGGAUAAAGAUCGGCUUACAUUAUUUUUGAGAGUGUAAUUCAUUAAAACAUCUACUAAAACCCAAUGUGUUUGCAAUUUGUCUUCAUAUUGUGUAUCUCCUUAGGGCUGUCUGCUUAUCUCUUCACAGACUAGCCACAAACACUUGAAAAAUACUUGAACAAUGUGGCAACAAACUCACUAUUUCUUGACAAUUACACAUUUUCUUUCAUUCAAUGGUUAAAAAUAUAAAAACAGAUUUCUUAUUUGCUGUGGUUUAUAUUUUACUAAUAGAAUCAGCAAAGAAUAGUGAAUUGAAGCAUGGAGCAUUGCAUUUGCCCAACAGAAGUGGAUCCAAGGCAGACUAGAUUUUCAUGUCUCUUCUGUUUUCAUUUAAAGUGGGAGUGACCUAACCUUUAUAACAAAGGGUGCACUUUGGUGAUGAAAGCUGAAUACUCUGCUCCCCCACUUGAUGUCACCAGGCUAUUUUGCUUCAGGCAUGUUACUUACCAGCUUAGCUCACUUCCAGGAUCUGAGUAGAACCAGCUGAGAGAAAAGUACCCCAAGUGACAGAGUAAGUAGAUCAUAAGACAAGGAGAGAGUUCAGCUCCUCUCACCAAAUGCACUUUUUAUUUCUUUUUUCAAAAUGCCCUACCUGUAAGUGCACCAAAGUGAAUGCAGCCCACUUGAAGAGAGAACAUAGGUCCUCUUUCAUAAGUUUGCCCUUAAGUGUAUCACAAUGCAGACAACUGUAGUUUGAUUGCAGUGUAGAUCCGCUGGCUUGAAAAUUUGCUAAAGCACAAAUAGUGGUGCACAGAAGGGAAGUGAAUGUCAACAAUACGAUGAUGAGACCAGCCCUUUGCCAAAGUACAGUGCAACUGGGCUUGGUAUUUAAAAAUGAAUGGUUCUAAGCCUUUAACUGUAUGUCUACUUCUGGAUCAGCUAGACACUGCUGAAAGUUUGAAGAAGUGUGUAGUUAGUAAAUAUAGCCACCUGGAGUGCUGUUUUUUCUUGGUGGAAAGAUGGGAUGCAAAUAAAACAAAUGUUUCUGAAAUGCUACAGUGUGAUUGAUAAGCAGUUUGUAGGAAGGGAAGCAGGCAGCAGGAAGCUAAAAGGAUGUAAUACUUUCAGCAUUUAGCAUAUUUACAGGGUAUUACACCAAAAGGGAUAAUGUGACUGACAAUGGUUGCCAAUUAUUUUUGCAUAUAUUUAAUGUUUCUACAUACAGAAAAUAUUUGUGCAACGUAUAACCCAAUGUUGGAUUUCUAGCAGCAUUUUAGUAUUUAACACUUUGGCUUAUUUGGCAUAGUUGUUAUGAAAAGUAUUAAAAAUCUGUUAGACUGCACUGUGCAUUGGGCAAUUUACCAACUGCUCUGUUGGGUAGGCAAGUUGGAUGGAAUCCAUUCUAGCAUCCAUUUUGACACUAGUCAGAAUAAAGGGAGAUCAGAUCACAGUGAGCUACUUUACUAUUUUCCAAGUGCUUACCUGUGCCCAAAAGAAUUUCUCCCCUUGUGCCAUUUCACAAGCUGCUGCUGCAACUCUUGUUUCAGAAACUAUUUCCAAUGACAAUGAGAGGGACGGGUUUGAUAUUUGAAAAAUGUAGGUUCUUUGCAGUCUAGCCUUAUAUUACAGAGCACUGUUGAACUGAAGAUUAAUAAGGCUCUCUUAUAAUCCCUUGUAUGUAAACCUUUCCUCUUAAUGCAUAUCAUCCCAUUGCUGUUUGUGUCUGGUCUAAUAUGUUGUUGAAAUUCUUUGUUUCCCCACUGCAGCAAACACUUUCUCUAAAGAAGUCACUUGAGACACACAUCUGUUGCUAGUCUUCUAGUUUGCUUUUCACACUGUGUUUUUAAAUGUUUAAGGUGUGUAUCGGUGCUUAGAGGGAAAUGGGGACACAUUUAUUCUGUACUUUUUAGGCACACAAACUAUUGUAUACAUGUUAAGGAAUCAUGGCUAUCUCUUUUGGCCUAACCACAAUUUAUGUCACUGUGUGUAGCUAUCUGAGCUCAUUUUCUUUUCCAUUAGUAGCAGCUUAAAAAAAGAAAAGAAAAGAAAAGAACAUGUUGGACAAUUUUCAUAUGAUGCCCUCCCUCCCACUCUUGUUCUUGGUCCUUGUUAAGGAUCAACGACCUUUGGAUUUUGCAUCCAAAGUAGCUUUUUAUAAUGAUAUAGGAAAGAAUAUGAAAUAAAAAUUCCACAUUUUCAGUGUUGCAGGGUAAGGAUUAUGGUAAUGUAUAAAUGGUAGAUUGAAUCUCUUUAGUAUCAUAACCAUCAUGCUGCAUUUCCUUUUUAUUUGUAAAAAUAAAAGCUGAACUAAUCUUUAGGAAUGCAUUUCUGGAAUAAUGCUAUGCAUAUCUACUUAGAAGUAAGUCCCAUUGUGUUCCAUAGGUCUUACUUCCAUGUAAAUAAGUAUAGAAUUGUGCCCCAAGUGUAGCAUGCUGAAACCUCUUAAGUUUCAGCUAUCAGAUGCAAAUACAACUUUGUGGUUGUAAUAUGUUAUUCUAGCUUCUCCUUUGUGUAUUCUAUAUUAAUUCUUACAUUCAUUGCACAAUAGUGAUUCAUAAGGUUUUAUGAUAUUGACUGUCUCAUUUCAACAAUGACAAGUGGAAGAUUAAAAAGAAGAAAGAUUGUUCCAUAUUUCUCCAUACAUGUUCACUAUAGGGCUGGGCUUUAUAACUUUCAAUUUUGGAAUAAGUUUAAAAUGUUGUCUCUGCUCAGGGAUUUGUGGUGGAUAUUGUAGACAGUGCUUUGAAAAAGCACAAAUUUACUAAAUUAAAUUUUUAUUUUUUGAGAAAACUGGUAUUUCUAUAAAUUAUCACAAUUUGUAGGCUUUCCUUUUUGUAGAAAUGAUUGUUUAUGUGCCAGAUAAGA